UCUACUAAUCUAGGCAAUUGACAACAAAAAAAGUUGAGAAUACAAAUAAGAUUUAAAACUGUUACCUAAAAUAAAUAAAUAAAUAGUUAAAAAUUUGUCCAGAUAAUAUAAGUGAAUAUGUGUGUGUAUAAGUAAAUUGCAUAAAUUAUCUUUCAAUUGAAGCAUCUAAACGUGUAACUAAUUGGCGGGAAACUUUAGUUUGUGAUUGACAUAAGCACAUAACUAACUACUAUACUUUUAAAAUGGAAAAGAAACAGUACAAAGGUCCGCCCAUAAAGAGAUUUAAAUCUAACGACGAGGACGAUGAAAACGAAGUCCCUUGCAGUUUCGAAGAACAACUUGCAGGCAUGGAAUGUGAAUUUGACUCUUCACAAAUUUUCGGAGACGGGCCUGAAAACCAAACAACAAAUAUUAAAUGGUCACGACCAAAUCCACCCGACUUAAAACCCAAUGAGCAUGCAUUCAUAUUUCAACAGAUUGAUAUUGAUCAUUACAAUGGACAACCCUUGAAAGGUAUGCCUGGAUCACAGUUAGGUCCUGUUCCCAUUAUGAGAAUGUAUGGAGUUACUUUAAAUGGAAAUUCUGUAUGCUGCUAUGUACAUGGUUUUACACCCUAUUUUUAUGUCACAGUACCUUUCAAUUUUAAUCAGUCUUCUUGUCAUGAGCUUAAAACUAAUUUAAAUAAGGCCAUUCUAGAAGAUCUUCGGUCAAAUAAGGAUAAUAUUAGAGAAACUGUUUUAGAAGUGAAAUUAGUAAAAGCUAAAUCUAUAAUGUAUUAUAAAGGCGAUAAUGAAAUCACUUUUGCUCGUGUGUCAGUUGCAUUGCCAAAAUUAAUAGCACCAGCCAAGCGACUAAUUGAAAGACAGCCAACAUCUUUUGGGUUAACGGAUCCAUCAUUUUAUGAAACCAAUAUUGAUUUUGACAUUCGUUUUAUGGUUGAUACUUCAGUUGUUGGUUGUAGUUGGAUCGAACUACCUAUAGGAAAGUGGUCAAUAAGAUCAAAACAUAGUCUUGUUAAGCCAGAAACAAGAUGUCAAAUAGAAGUAGAUAUUGCUUGGAAUGCAUUCAUUGCACAUCAACCUGAAGGAGAAUGGCUUAAAGUUGCACCUUUUAGGAUAUUAAGUUUUGACAUUGAAUGUGCUGGUAGAAAAGGUGUUUUCCCAGAACCAGACAAAGAUCCAGUCAUUCAAAUUGCUUCAAUGGUAAUAAAACAAGGUGAAACCGAGCCUUACUUGAGAAAUGUUUUCACAUUGAACACUUGUGCUCCCAUAGUUGGCUCACAAGUAAUGAGCUUUCAAACAGAAUCAGAGAUGUUAACUAAAUGGUCAGACUUUUUCCGUGAGUUAGAUCCAGAUAUAAUAACUGGCUAUAAUAUAAAUAAUUUUGAUUGGCCUUACCUCAUAAAUAGGGCAAAACAUCUGAAAGUAGAUAACUUUGACUUUUUAGGCCGAAUUAGAAAUAUUAGAUCUGUUAUAAAAGAUUCAGUAUUGCAAUCAAAACAAAUGGGUAGAAGAGAGAAUAAGAGUAUAAAUUUCGAAGGCCGAGUUCCAUUUGACUUAUUGCUUGUAUUAGUUAGAGAUUAUAAAUUGAGAUCAUAUACAUUAAAUGCUGUCAGUUACCAUUUUCUUCAAGAGCAAAAAGAAGAUGUUCAUCACAGUAUAAUAACUGAUUUACAAAAUGAAAAUGAACAGACUAGAAGAAGAUUAGCUAUGUAUUGUUUGAAAGAUGCAUAUCUGCCUCUUAAGCUUUUAAAUAAGUUAAUGUGCAUUAUAAAUUAUAUGGAAAUGGCCAGGGUCACAGGUGUACCUCUCUCAUGUUUACUAACAAGAGGGCAGCAAAUAAAAGUUGUAAGUCAGUUGCUUCGCAAAGCUAAAGAUGCAGGCUAUUUAAUGCCAGCUUACCAUGGCCAAGGUUCUGACGAUCAGUUUGAAGGAGCUACAGUUAUUGAACCAAGAAAAGGCUAUUAUGCAGAUCCUAUUUCCACUUUAGAUUUUGCUUCUUUGUACCCUAGUAUAAUGAUGGCCCAUAAUUUGUGCUAUACAACUUUAGUACCUCCAAAUUUACAAAAAGAUCUUAAUUUAAAUUCUGAUGAUUAUACAAUUACACCGUCUAAUCAUACCUUUGUGAAAUCGAGUGUGAGAAAAGGACUAUUACCAGAAAUCUUGGAAUCUUUGCUCGCUGCUAGAAAGAAAGCAAAAGCUGACUUAAAGGAAGAAAAAGAUCCUUUAAAACGUUCUGUCCUUGAUGGUAGACAAUUAGCAUUAAAAAUAAGUGCCAAUUCAGUAUAUGGAUUCACAGGAGCCCAAGUAGGCAAGCUCCCCUGUCUAGAAAUAUCUGGUAGUGUUACAGCCUAUGGGAGAACUAUGAUAGAAUUUACAAAAUCGGAGGUUGAGAAAAAAUAUACAAAAUCUAAUGGUUACAAAGAAGAUGCUGUUGUUAUUUAUGGUGAUACUGAUUCUGUUAUGGUUAAAUUUGGUGUCAAGACUCUAGAGGAAAGUAUGGAAUUAGGCAAAGAAGCAGCAAAUUUUGUUACUUCAAAAUUUGUUAAACCAAUUAAACUAGAAUUCGAAAAAGUCUAUUAUCCUUACUUACUUAUUAACAAAAAGAGAUAUGCAGGUCUCUAUUUUACCAGGCCAGACAAAUAUGAUAAAAUGGAUUGUAAAGGUAUUGAAACUGUAAGGCGAGAUAAUUGUCCUUUAGUUUCAAACAUGAUGAGUACUUGCUUACAGAAACUUCUAAUAGACAGAGAUCCAGAUGGUGCAGUAAAGUAUGCCAAGCAAAUAAUAUCAGAUCUACUGUGCAAUCGAAUUGAUAUAUCUCAGCUUGUUAUCACCAAAGAACUUACAAAGAAUGAUUAUGCUGCUAAGCAGGCUCAUGUUGAGUUGGCAAAUAAAAUGAAAAAACGUGAUGCAGGUACAGCACCAAAACUGGGUGAUAGAGUUCCUUAUGUACUUUGCUGUGCAGCUAAAAAUACACCUGCUUACAUGAAAGCAGAAGAUCCUAUAUAUGUCUUAGAAAACAGUGUACCUAUUGACUUUAAUUAUUAUUUAGAAAACCAAUUAUCCAAACCCUUAUUAAGAAUUUUUGAACCAAUUCUUGGAGACAAAGCAGAAUCUCUGCUACUUAAAGGAGAACAUACAAGGACGAAGGCUAUGGUUACAUCAAAAGUUGGUGCUUUAGCUGCCUUUACAAAAAAGAAAGAAAAAUGCAUAGGAUGUAAGACAGUAAUGCCUGAUAAUACCAAAAAAGCUUUAUGUAAUCACUGCUUAGAUAAAGAAGGUCAAUUAUAUAUUACAGAAGUAUUUAAAGAAAGACAACUUCAAGAAAAAUUCUCAAGGCUAUGGACAGAAUGUCAAAGAUGUCAAGGAAGUCUGCAUGAGGAAGUAUUGUGUACCAAUAGAGAUUGUACAAUUUUUUAUAUGAGGAAAAAAGUUGGAAUGGAAUUGGAUUCCCAAGAAAAAACUGUUUUACGGUUUGGGGAGCCAACAUGGUAGUAUCAUUUCUUACAUAUUGUCUCUUUGCUAUCUUUUAUUUUCUAUUAAAUAAAAAAAAAAUAUUUU